AUGGCUCUUCAACUGCCAGUGGGUCGUUUCUGGCGUUCCAAGUGGCUCAAGUACGUUUGUGUUGUACUGGUCGUGGUUGGAUUGUUCUUCUGCGGCUGGGAUGCUCUGCCCGAUACCUCGUUGCAACUGCCAAGCUUGACAACCCCUGAGGUCCUGUCAACGAUGUUCGAUCCACCAAUCUUGUAUGCAACGGAGUUCGACAACCUUUCAUCGAUUGCAGCUACGGUUGGAAUUCCAAUUGGUUUACUCGAAUCAAUUAUUCAGACCAACGAUCUAUCAAAACCAGUGACAGUCGUGCCCAACAAACACCACGAAAAUGCUUCCGAGCAAGCCGUCGGAACUUCGACACUACAAAAGCGCGUCUUGGAUGGCGAUAUUAUGCUCAAUGACCAGCCUGUGUUUGAUUGUCCGGCUGACUAUCCAAUUUUUUGGGGAGCAGUAUGCGUCGCCACCCCUGAGGGAUCUUCUCGCUCCGGAGGGUACGAGAUGAGAUGCGGUGGAGACACCGAGCAUCACCCACAAAUCAUUCUAAGGAGAUGGUGUCCACCCGACGAGUUCUGUCUACAAUUGAACCGCUUCACUUUACCGUGGGUCCAAUGCGGCAAGAUUUACCCUCGAUCAAAAGGAGCAGGCCGAAAAGACCACGACAAGGACAAGGACAAGGACAAGGACACAGAGCCAGCCGGUGGGAAGAAAUCAGGCAAGAAGCCUGGCUUGUGGUCAAAAUUGAUCAAGGGAUCGAGUUCGAAGAGCGUUUCCAUACGCACGGGGUCAGGAGAAGGACGAUCAGGUCGUCAACGAGCUGUCAACUUCAAUGCAUUUUUGAUGACUACUCAUGAGCCUCUUGAAGCAUCACAGAGCCAUUGGCUCGUCAAGCCUGCAGUUCCAAUAACUUGUUCAAGCGUGGAAACCGGGCAAGAGCUUUGCAAAACGGACGUGAGUAGCACGAGUGUCAAUUCUUUCGCGUGCAGGCCCACUGGCAUCUUCUCCAUCAAAGACUCGUCAACCAUUAAGUGUGACUUCCAACUCAAAGCAUCGCAAGCGGCCAUCUUUGUCGGUAUUUCUAUGUGGUACCCUGCUUCAGUCGCAAUCAAGAAGACGAUUGGCUAG